ACCUCCGGCUGAGCCUAGGGAACCCUGAAGAGAGAAACGAAUCAUCUGCAAAAAACUACUAAACACACAAAUCCAGAUCUGAAUAAGAACUGAAAAAAAAAGACAACGAGGAGUCUGAAAGCAGCGAGAGUCCGAACCGUCAGCAUGAUUUCGACUUCAAACUCCAGCCUGACGGCUGUCUGUGUGGUGGCGGCGAUGAUGAUGAUGAUGAUGAUGAUGUCAGAGGCAGCGGCGAUGCCCAAACUGGGCGGCCAAUCCAAACACUCGGCAAAGACUCACAGGAAGUUGUCGGACGGGGCGACGGUGGAAACGGUCCCACUGGAGCUCGACUCAAACAAUAUGGUUCCCAUCAGAACCAUCCGGCCGCUGCAGAACGCCUCCAUCUCCCCGUGGACAUACAACGUCUCCCAUGACGACACUCUGUUCCCCCCGGUGCUGUCCGAGGCUCGCUGUUUGCUGCGCGGCUGUCUGGACUCGGAGGGCCGCGAGGACCUGAACCUGGAGUCCAGACCCAUCAUGCACCAGGUGCUGCUGCUGCGCCGGGUCAAGUCCACGGGGGCGGGAGGGGCGGGACACGGGUACCACUACCGGCUGGAGUCCCGCCUCAUCGCUGUGGGGUGCACCUGCAUCCGACCCAUCGUCCAACACCAAGACUGACCCAAAAAAGUGGAUUUAGGGAGAAAAAAUGUGGAUUUAGAGACAAAAAAAUGGAUGUAGAGA